AUGAAAGCUUGUGCCUCGAACAUUCUCACUCUCUGUUUGACCCUUUCUGGCAGCAACAACAACAACAACAACAAUAAUAACAAAUUAGGCACUAUCAGUUCAACGAAACCUUCCAUUGUGACCUGGUUGAUUGAUGGGAACAAUCUGCAAUGUUGCAGUGCAAGUGGUGGAAUGGGUCGAAUGGAGCGAAAUGAAGUAAUACAAGAAAUUCAACAAAUUGCUUCUCCCUCUUCUUCUUCUUCUUCUUCUUCUAGUGCGAUUUUUUCAUUACGUCAUGAUGAUGAUGAUGAUGGUAAUGAUGCGAAUCCACCAGACAUUGUGCUUACCAAAAAGCAACGAAAGCUCCAGCAACGACAGAAUUCCAUUGCCAAUGUCGUAUUGGUCUUUGAUGGAAACGAAAACGAGGAAUUUCAAGAAUUAAUCACGAAUCAUCCAUGGUUUCAAGUAAUUAUUACCGAUGGAAAGGGAAAACGAAAAGAUCGGGCCGAUGAUUAUAUCGUCCAUCAUGCCUUGCCGCAAUUGAACGAACGAUUCUUUGAAAAGCAGCAAGAGAAGAGCAGCGGCAGCCAUGUCGUCCACUUGGUGUCGGCCGACAAGGAAUUGCGCAAGCGUGCGAUUGCCACGAGAAUGACGAAUGGGGGCUCUGUGGUUUAUCCACCCAAAUUUUGGAAGCAAUACUUGCCGAAUCUAAUAAAACAGCAACAACAGUGA